AUGGAGACUACCAGCGAUGAACCAGCGAAGUUUCGUUCUGAGUUCGUUCGAGUUCUUCGCAGUCGACGAUCCGGCGAAGUUCCGCUUUCUGUGGUACCUGGAAAAACUGUGGCACAUCCUUUGUAUCAGGAAACUCCUCGGCCACACUUCAGUGAGGCAAUGGAGUCUUGCCCAAAGGCAGACAUUCCCAAUUUUAAGAAGUUACUUGUACAGGAAAACUUAUACCUGACCACAGAGGCAGGAGAGCAAGGACGCUUGCCUGUGCUAAUUUUGAGCAUGAAAGAGAGCAAUCAACUAAGAAGGCCAGCUGUUGUUUUUCUGCAUAGUACACAUAAGUGCAAAGAGUGGUUGCGACCAUUGCUUGAGGCAUAUGCUUCUCGGGGAUACGUAGCUGUUGCCAUUGAUUCUCGGUACCAUGGGGAACGUUCCAGGGGAAUGACCACCUACCGAGAUGCUCUUGUAUUAUCAUGGGAGAAAGGUGAUACGAUGCCAUUCAUAUUUGAUACGGUGUGGGACUUGAUAAAAUUGGCAGAUUAUCUUACACAGAGGGACGAUAUAGAUUCUUGUAAGAUAGGAAUCACCGGCGAAUCACUUGGAGGAAUGCAUGCUUGGUUUGCUGCUGCAGUUGACACCCGCUAUGCAGUGGCUGUCCCCAUAAUUGGUGUUCAGGGGUUUCGAUGGGCCAUAGAGCAUGAUCAAUGGCAGGGUCGAGUUGACAGUAUCAAGGCUGUGUUUGAAGAAGCACGAAUUGAUUUAGGCAAAAGUAAAAUCGACAAAGAAGUAGUGGAGAAGGUCGGUGGCUUUGUCUGGGACAGAAUAGCUCCUGGUUUAGACUCCCAGUUUGAUUCACCACACACAGUACCGAUUAUUGCACCCCGUCCUCUUUUGAUUUUAAAUGGUGAGAAGGAUCCUCGUUGUCCCCUUGCAGGUCUGGAGGUUCCCAAAUCAAGAGCGUGUAAGGCAUAUGAGGAGGCCCAUUGUUUGGAUAAUUUCCAGCUGAUUGCACAACCUGGAAUUGGACACCAAAUGACGCCAUUGAUGGUGAAAGAAGCAAGUGAUUGGUUUGACAAGUUCCUCAAGUGA